GCAGCAGGAGAACCAGGCAUAAAGCUGGUGAUUAGUACCCACACUGGGAGCCUGGAGCCCACCUCUGCACCAGGACAGAGAGACCCAGGCUCGUUUUCAGGAUUCCACGAGGGGGUUGUUCUGUGUCGCCACGCCUAGGGGCUACCAUGUCGGAGCUGGAAUCCCUGCUGCACGGCUUCCUUGGGGUGCAGCCCAGAGUCUUUGGGGCGGUGCUAGUGGUGGUGGGGCUGCUGCAGGUGGCCUUCGGAACCCUCUUCGUCAUCGACAACUGCGCUUACACGGAUAGUGUCGGCAUCCAUUUCUUCCCAGGAAUCCUGUUAUUCUUGGCUGGCAUCAUUGCCAUCGCUGCUGACAGAGCACCUAGCAUGGCCCUGGUGAAGGCCUGUCUGGUGAUCCAGAUCAUUGCUGCAGCUGUUGUCAUGGUGAUCAACUUCCUCUACCUGAGGGACCUGCUCUCCUAUCUCAGUUUUGCUUGUGAUCUCCAGGACCAGCUCCAGAAUUGCCGUGUGCAUGAUCAGAUCAUGGUCUACUGCACAGGCAUGCGGGGCAUUGCACUGUUCACAGCAACUCUGGGGUUGUGCCUCACUGUUUCUCUGGCAGCAUUUGGAUGCAAAGUUGUCUGUUACCAGAACUCUGAAGAUGAUGUGCCCAUUGUUGCCCUUAGCUCUCAUGAGGAAAAAGCAGAUCCUGAGUGAGAGGGGGCCCCCUUCGUGCCACCAGCCUGAGUGACAUCACCAGACAGCUCCCCCAAUGGAGAUGCCAGUGGUUCCCCCUGCCCCGAGCAAGUGCUGCUUCACUUCUGAGCAAUAACCCAUGGCAAGGGGUGGGGCCAAGUACCCAAGCAGUGAAGGAUUCUGUGCCAAGGGGCACAGCCAGGCAGACCUUCUCCCUACUAGAGAUUGGCAGAUUCCCCACCAACCCUGGCCCCAGUGACUAUUCCCACUGGCUUCUCCACCCAGCUGGCAAAUGGCCUGGAUUCUCCCCUGGUCAAUAAAUGGCCUCUAUUUCCCCACCUGGGUAUAAUUAAAAACUGUACCCAACUAGGCAAAAAUACAGGCCACUGACCAAACGGAUCAGAACACUUCCAUGCCCCUGAGCCCCCUGAGCCACUCAACAUCAAAGGAAUGAGAAAGGAUGGGGUUAUCCACCAGAACAAAGCCACUGGGCCAUUUGCAGCCCUAGCCUAGGGAGAUGCCCCUACACUGACUUCAAAGGGAGUCUGAACCCAUUUACACCCAGACUGAAUUUGACCUGUUUUGUCACCACAUCACAUGAUAGUGCAUUUUCCCCCAUAUGGGACCUGUUCGUAUAGGGCAGCACCAUCAAAAGUGGGUAUAUGCAGGUAUAAUAGGAGUGGUAGUACUUGGUGAGUGUGUCUUCAGAGACAGACACAGGCAUCAACUUGACCUGGGUUAUUGCUGAUCUAAAUUGUCUCUUGCUUUCAUUUUUUAAAACAAAUUAAAUAUUUCAUUAAAUCCCAGAAUUCCUUCUAUUUCUGGUGUAUCAGGAAAAAGAUCUUUCAUGGAUGCAGUGUCUCCCAUCCCGAUGGAUGCCACAGUCCUGACUUCAGAAUGGUUCUAUACACUAGAGCUGAGCAAACAUUGGAAUUUCCAUCUUGUAGGACGUUCUGACAGUUUGAUGCUUGUUUCCAUCUAAAUCAGGACAAAAUAUUAAUUCUUCACUGAACAUGAAGUUCUGAAAAAUUUUAAUUCAGAAAUGUCUAAACACUUCCUUUUGCCAUUUGCUAUUGAACUGUUUUGAGAUACUUCAGUGUUUACAGCAUCCGCCUUAGAUGCUGUAGUGCCUCAUGGGAGUUAUAGUUUGGAUGCCGGAUGCCCUAAUUCUUCUUUAGGAGCUUUGGUCCCUUGCUGGACUACACUUCCCAUGAUGCAUCAUGUAGCUUGGUUAGAGUGGAGGCUGAGUUGCAUCAUGGGAGAUGUAGUCUGUCCAAGGUACCUGGCCCAUGGAGGAGAAUUGGAGAAUGAGGCACUGUAGUGCCAUAGGCAGACCUAAUUUAAUGUCAAACUAUCACAAAACAAAACUUUGCUUCAGUUCAACGACCUGAAAUGUGUUGAUUAGGGUUGAAAUGGUCCAAAAUUAAAUGUUUCAUUUUGAUUUUUCUGAUAGAACUGAAAAAAUUCAGCAGAAAUCAAAAAUUUUCCACAGAUAAUUUAGAUUUUGUAGAAACUGUUUUCUGUCAAAACCCCCUUGAAAAUUCCUAACCAGCUGUAAUAUAUACCUUUCAUUUGGAAAGCCAAUGGUGAAGGAUAGAAUCCUGUCAUUGUGGUUACUCCUGUCACAGAACCCAUAAAUUUUGCCAUUGAUAUGGACCCUGUGGCUGUGCAUUAGCAGGUUGUUAGUUCACUUUGAUUUAGUCCUGUUUCUAAGAGGACUAGAUCAAAGCAAACUAACCAACUGUUAAUGCCUGGAAGCUGACCUUAUUUUUUUGUUGCAUGAGCACAGUAUUAAAUGCUUUUUUUGAAACUGAGACUGGGCUGUGACUGAUACUAUCUUGUCAUGGUAACAUUAUGCAUCAGUACCAAUGGCAUAUUACAGAUGCUGAGUUUUGCAUUCAGUCAGGAAGUGCCCAGAGUUUUAGACUGCAAGCUCCCCAGGCAUGCAUUGUCUCUUUAUCUGUACCUGUCUGCCACCUAGCACUACAGAGCUGACUCUGAGUAAGUUAUGUGGCUGCUACCCUGAUAUACUUCUUUAAUGAGAAGAGAAUUCAGAAUCUCUCAUCUUUCUUCACGUGCAUGAAGCUGCAGUCAGCAAGACAGGAAAUGACACGGACAGACAGCAGUAUUCUGCAACUGGCGUGCAGCCACCACAGUUAUUGUGGACACUAUGACAAUCAGGAUCCAUCUCUUAGGCUCUUUGCAAAAGAAAUGGGCAUGAGCAAUGUUGGCCUAGAUUUUACCCUGCCCCUUAUGGUCAAAGGAUGAAAACAUCAGUUAGCAUUGCUUUCCCUGGAUCAUUCUGAGGCUAUAUAGGGCCUUGCUUAGUACCCAGUGUACGUUAGGGCAGCUCUGAGGUUCCUGAACUUAUGCUUUGCUUCCAUGGUCUGAGGCAGCUGAGAAUAUCCAUCAGGUGGUGCACUCUGGCCACAUGCCUGCCUCUCCCUUGAUCUUCCCCUCUCGCAGGGGCUGGGAGCCUAUCUGGUGUAGCUCCUCCAUACAGUUCUGUGCUAUGGGGAGGCAGGCUCGCACCAAGACAAGGAGAGCUGGAUAUAAAGCAUGCUCUGUUUGGGGAAGGGGAGGUCUGGCUACAGAACCAACUCCCACAGGGGAUCACUGCAAAACCUUCCUCCUCAGAAAAGCUUUUCCAGCUGGGAAGGGAUCAUUUAUUUACCCAUCCUGGCUUUGAAAGGGUUAAUUGGCAUGAGGCCAAUUAACUCAUCUGGCUGCCCCUGCAGGCCUAAUUAAAGAUGAUGCCCAGCUGGAGAAGAAGCUGCAAA